UACCAAGGGUUGAAAAUUCGGAAAAUUCUCAGACAAUUUCCCCUUUGUUAUAUCUCUCAAGUCUUCUCUAGUCUCAACCCUCUCUCUUUACACAAAAAAGAAAAAAACACAAAAAUAUCUUUUGUUCAGAUCCUUUCGAUCUUCUCGAUUCACCAUGGCUAACUCUGCAUCGGGCAUGGCUGUGCACGACGAUUGCAAACUGAAAUUUUUGGAGUUGAAAACUAAAAGGGCUUAUCGCUUCAUUGUAUUCAAGAUUGAGGAAAAGCAAAAGCAAGUCAUUGUGGAAAAGCUUGGUGAGCCGGCUGAAAGUUAUGAGGACUUCUGUACACACCUGCCUGCAGAUGAGUGUCGUUACGCUGUCUAUGAUUUUGACUUUCUGACAAAGGAGAGUGUUCCAAAGAGCAGGAUUUUCUUCAUUGCAUGGUCUCCUGAUACCUCUAAGGUUAGAAGCAAAAUGAUCUAUGCUAGUUCCAAGGAUAGAUUUAAGAGGGAAUUGGAUGGGAUUCAGAUUGAGCUGCAAGCAACUGAUCCAACUGAGAUGGGUUUGGAUGUCUUCAAAAGCCGUGCCAACUAAAUAAAGUUCUCUAGUACAGCAUUGGAUGUUCUCUUUACUUUUGUUGAAGAGAAAUGUUAAUAUUUGUUGGGACAGGGUCCUGGCUAAGAUAUGAUAUUUGUCUGUUGUCAAAUUCUAUUUUAAAAGGCUUGUCAUCCUGUAGACAUUAUGUGGUUUUGGUCUUAUUUUGUGGUGUUUGCGCGUGGAACUUGUGUCAUGAGUAGCUUUUGGGGCUGGUACGAAGUAACAAUUGUUAUCAGAUUGUUCCUUCUUUCAUUUUGUAUGUUUCUUCUUAUCCUGUUGCACCUUCUGUAAUCCGUUUAUGCGUUAUGAUACUGGCUGGGAGCUGCUGCCAUUUUUGGUCUGCC